AUGGCAACCGCCGGGACAGAACCUUUCUCACUACCACCACCUACCCAGCUCAACGAUACACACAAAGUAUGGGGCGUAUUUGUCUUCAUCACGAUUUUCCUCGUAAUCUCCACUUGCAUUGCGCUUCUUCGCUUGCUCUUGCGCUGGAAAUCCAGGAGCUUUGGAUUGGAUGACUGGGUCACUAUACCGGCAUUGGUGGCUUACAUCGUGCACUCAAUUAUAGCAGCGUAUGUUAAUGCUAACGCUGGCCUUGGGAAACCGCUUUGGGAGGGACAUAUUGCGACAUGUUUUCUGUACCCCAUCACCUCCGGCUUGAUUCGAAUCUCCAUCCUGCUACUUUACGACCGCGUUUUCUCGAAAGCAAGCCGAUCCAUGAAGAUCAUAAUUCGCGCCUCGAUUGCGUUUGUUGGGUGUUACAUCGCAGGCGUCGUGAUCUACACUGGCUUCCUGUGCAAACCUUUGCACAAAUUCUGGAAGCCUUUUGAGAGAGCUCAAUACUGCGGUAGUAAUCUCUCGUACUGGAUAUACACAGCAGUAGUAUACGGUGUCAGUCUUUUUCAAGACAUCGUGCUACUUUUGCUUCCCGUCGUUCGAGUGAUGGGUCUGCAGAUGUCCCUGAGGAAGCGUGUAGCUGUCAUACUUGUAUUUGCCCUGGGCUCGUCGGCUUGUGUAGCUGCUGCCUACAAGCUUGUCAUGCUAGGACUACAGUGGGGAAGAACAGGGCACAUUGAUCCACGCUGGCUCAAUAUGCAAGCUAGCCGUGUAAUACCACCUCAGUUUGAUCAAUACGGGUAUACCAUGUGGAUUCCUACGCAAGCGGAACUCUCAGCCGCCGUCAUUGGAUCUUCAUUGGUUCCGUUGAAGGCUCAGGUCUGGGCCGUCGCGCAGAAGAUCUUGUCGGCAAUGGGCUAUACUUGGGGCUCAGGCUUUGGCAGUGGCGUCAGCAAAGGCGAUAAUUAUGCCUCUCUGGAUCGAAAAGGGCCAGUAAAAAAGGACACAUACAAAAAGGUGAGUGAGGAUUCCAGGAUUGCCAUCACUAUGGACAUUGAGCUUGCUUCCCAUGAGACUUUCAGGCUUUAG